UCCCGGCCCGGAAGCGCUCGCGCCCGAGAUCCCCGGGUGACCGGGUAGCGAGCUACCAUCUCGAGCGAGCGCGGAGAUUGCAGGGGGUCCGUCUAGUAUCGCGCUCCCCGCAUCCGCCGCCAUGGCCUGGACCAAGUACCAGCUGUUCCUGGCCGGGCUCAUGCUCGUCACCGGCUCCAUCAACACGCUCUCGGCAAAGUGGGCGGACAACUUCGUGGCCCCAGGCUGUGGAGGGAGCCAGGAACACAGCUUUCAGCAUCCCUUCCUCCAGGCAGUGGGCAUGUUCCUGGGAGAGUUCUCCUGCCUGGCCGCCUUCUACCUACUCCGGUGCAGAGCUGCGUGGCACUCAGACACCAGCGCAGAUCCCCAACAGCCCUUCAACCCUCUCCUUUUCCUGCCCCCAGCCCUCUGCGACAUGACAGGGACCAGCAUCAUGUAUGUGGCCCUGAACAUGACCAGUGCCUCCAGCUUCCAGAUGCUGCGGGGAGCCGUGAUCAUCUUCACAGGCCUGUUCUCGGUGGCCUUCCUGGGACGGAGGCUGGCGCUGAGCCAGUGGCUGGGCAUCCUUGCGACCAUUGCCGGGCUGGUGGUGGUGGGCCUGGCCGACCUCCUGAGCAAGCACGACAGCCAGCACAAGCUCAGCGAAGUGAUCACAGGGGACCUGUUGAUCAUCAUGGCCCAGAUCAUCGUCUCCAUCCAGAUGGUGCUGGAAGAGAAGUUCGUGUACAAGCACAACGUGCACCCACUGCGGGCGGUCGGCACAGAGGGCCUCUUUGGCUUCGUGAUCCUCUCCUUGCUGCUGGUACCCAUGUACUACAUCCCCGCCGGCUCCUUCAGCGGAAACCCUCGCGGUACCCUGGAGGACGCGCUGGAUGCCUUCUGCCAGGUGGGCCGACAGCCACUCAUCGCGCUGGCGCUGCUGGGCAACAUCAGCAGCAUCGCCUUCUUCAACUUCGCGGGCAUCAGUGUCACCAAGGAGCUGAGUGCCACCACCCGCAUGGUGCUGGACAGCCUGCGCACCGUUGUCAUCUGGGCGCUGAGCCUGGCGCUGGGCUGGGAGGCUUUCCACCCGCUGCAGAUCCUCGGCUUCCUCAUCCUCCUGGCAGGCACUGCCCUCUACAAUGGGCUGCACCGCCCACUGCUGGCCCGCCUGUCGAGGGGCCGGGCCCCGGCCGAGGAGGGCGAGCAUGAGAGGCUGCUGGGGGGCUCUCGGACUGCCAUCAACAAUGCCAGCUGAGCCUCCUGCAGGGCCUCUGCCGCCACCCGGAUGCUCCUUGUUCCCCCUGAGGCUGAGGCCACAUGGGCUGGUGAACCUCAAGUGCUUUGUCCCCAAGGCCUCACCCCGCCCCCUCCCCACUGACCCCCACCCAGGGCAGCCACUGCCACAACAUCCAGGUCUUCCUUUGUCACCAGCCUGUGCAGAGAGGUGUUACCCAGCCCCCUCUGAGGCCUGAGUGCCAUGCCCAGCCCCUGCCAGGCUUCCCCAGACCCCCAAACCCCCUGGAAUACUAGAACUAAAUCAUGGGGUAGAAUUGAAGCAGCCCUAGGGCUUCCUCUUAAGUCAUAAGCUAAAUGUGGUUCUCCCAGGAAGAGAGGUCAGUGAGCAAAUUCUACCAAAACUAAGCACUCUGUUUUCUAAAACUUGUAAGAUAUUCCCUAACUCUGGAGACUGAAGUUUCAGCUGGGGUCUUGCUGCAAAUGCUGUGUGCUCCGCAGCCCUGUACCAGGUUCUUCUGGGCCUUGGCAUCCUGCUCUGUACAAGGUGUCCAUGGUGUAGGACCAACCUGGGGAAGGAGGAACAGCCCGUUUAUUGGAAAUGCCUCCUGCCCACGGUGCUGCUCCUCCUCGGUCACACCCCCGGGCCUCCCCACCUUGGAGAGAUUACGGGGGGUUUCCAGGCAGCCCUUGAUAACAGUUUUUAUAAACUCUGAUUCAUUCAGCUUCCAUUUUAAAGCUGAGGAAGCUGAGUACCAGAGUUUUGUUUGGCCAAAGGGCUCUCCUGCCCAGGGCUCUGGCCAUGCAGCUACAUGACCAGGCGGCAGGCUGGGGUGUCGAGGGCAUUUGGGCCUCAGCUCCACCCCCAGCACCCCCACUCCAUGGAGAGCCCUCCAGGGUGAUGGGUCUCCCAGGAGUCUACCGUUCAGAGUGAUGCUGCUAUCCCAGGUGCAUAUUAGUGCAUAACAGUCUGCACAGGCAGGUGCGGAUGAGAAAACUAUGACCCGGAGAAGGUCAGGUGAUGUCCUCAUGGAGCCAGUAUUCCAAGUGCGGGUUGCCUGAUUCCAAACCUGUGGCCCCACCUGCAAUACGAGUGUCUCUGGGAUCUUUGGGCGGGGGUACAUCCUGUGCUCUUGUCCUCCAGGUAACCCACCCCUGAAGAGAGGGAACUGGUAGCAGGGACCCCAGGGAGCUGAGCACCCCUUCUUUCCAGUGGUCCUCACUCUGUGGUAGUUUCUGGAGCCUCAGUUCACUCCCCUGAGCAGCUCGAUCAUGAAAACGAAACACCAAAUGCCUUCUUUAAAAUAGAUCAUGGGGAAGGAAUCUCUGACCAGCAAAGCCCUCGGGCUGUGGGGAUCCAGCAGGUUCUCACCAAUCCUGUACCCCCAGCUCUGAGUCUCAGGGGUCCCUGAGCUCCUCUGGGCCAUGGUGUGUAUCACAGGAGGGAGGAGGUGGGGACUAUAGCUGCUUGGGGGGCUUACAGUGUUGUUUCAGGGGUUUUAUUUUUAAAAAACAAAGGGAAAUAGGCAAUACGGACUUUUUUCUUAGUGAGAAGGAAGAAACACAAGGGUUAGGACAUUUCUGGAGGUGAUGUCUAGAAUGUCAGAGUGGAAAAACUCUAAUGCACCAGAAAAAUCAUCCAGCCCCAACCCCCAUUGUUCACAUGAAGAAGUUGAAGCCCAGAGAGGAAGAUUUGUCAAGAAUGCACAGAGCCAAGGACUGGCAAAGACAGAUGUGCUGGUUCUCAGGCCUUUCCCAUCCCAUUCUCCCAUCGGAGGAGGGCUGGGAGCCUGAGCUAAGAGUCCAGGACUGGCUAAAGAAAACAAAUCAUGGACCAAGUGGAUUUUAGCAUUGAAGGGUUGUGGAGUGAGGGGCAGCAGAGCAUGGGGAGGGAAAUCAUAGUCAGGCCUGCCAUCCAUGCAGGCACCUUGCUUUAGGUCUUCACAUCUCUAAAAUGGGGAGGCCUAUGUCUCACAGGAUGGCUGUGGGCAUUAACCUAAGAUAAUAAAUGGAAAGUACCUGUAAAUGCUUGCAGUGGAGUGUCCUGUUAGGCUGCUCUGCCCACCAGGGUGGCUGAGGUCCCAGCAGAGCCCUGGCUCAUCGGCUUUGCUUGGGGGCGGGGAGGGGGGGAUCUUUUGUAACACUUGCGGAGUAGAGUGCAAACCUCAUGUCGAUUAUAAGAUAAAACAGGA